CUCGGCUCCCGCCGCCGCCUCCGCCGGCCGCGCCUUCCCCGCGGGUCCCCGGCGACGCCCCGCGCCGACCCUUGGGGCGACUCCUGCCAGAGCGUCCGGCGAGACCCCUGUGUUUGAGCCUAGACGGAGAUUAUUUGCGCGCGCGGGAAUGGACGCGGUUUCCCGGACGCCCCGGACGUGGACGCGGCGGACGAACUGGACGUGGUCUGUUGAAAUCCCACCCGUCGACUUGUUUUGAAUAAAGCAUAUUGGUUUUGCUUAAUUGGUCACUGGUACCUUAACAAGCAUGGAGAUAAAAUUAGAAGUUUUGACAUCAACAAGUAUCAAGCAGAAAAGACCCUGGCCGAGAAUUUCCUGGUUGGGACACGAGAAUGAAGCUGUUUUUCUUUUGGAUGAUAAAUCCAUAAAUGAAAUUAAUUUGCUCUCAGGAAGAACGAAGAAGAUUCCAAGUCUGCAGCCUUUUUUGAAGGAUGUUUUUGUCCUGACAACGUCCAGUAAUGAUGCCUGGCUGGCUGGGGUACUUGCCACAGGGGAUCUUUUCCUUUGGAACAAAGAUCAAGAUUAUGUGAAAUCUAUACAAGUAACUAAAAAGCCUAAGGAUGUGAUUAAACUUGCAGUGGCAAGUUGUUUAAGGCUACACUUAUAUGUAUCUGGAAAUGGGAAGAGAGUUCUGCUUAUAACGCCUUCUGGAUGCAUAUAUCUUUGGGAAUAUCUGGAAUUAAAGAAUAUCUUAUCUUCCAAAAACUCCCUUUUGGUGGGUCGAUGGUCGCAGAUCAUACCUGAAGAGGCCGUUCUUUUGCCUUCCACUGAAGAUAAAGAAGCUGUAGUGAAUGCUGUUUUUAUAAAUAAUGAGUUAUUUGGAGACUGCUGCUUGUGCUCAUUUACUUUUUAUUCUGGGGAAUGCCUGAAGCUCACAUUUCUAGCAAUUCGAUGGCAUGAGGAUGUAUUUACACCUACAAGGUCAUUGCCGUACAAUGUUCAUUGGGCACAACAAGACCAUCUUCUAUGUAGUCUAAUUCCCAAAUGUGAAUCAGUAAAGUCAAGAGGAGCUCUAAUUUCUUCCUUUUCAAGAGAUGGCCUUACCUUGGCAGUGACUCUAAAUCAAAAAGACCCAAAGGCAACUCAGGUAUUAUUUAUAAAUACAGUGAAUUUUGUUAUUCUCUGUGGUAGCCUUAAAGGAUGUAGCAAUAAAAAUCCUGUAGUUCCACCUACACUUAUCAGGUCCUAUUGGGUAGGUGACAUCAGCUGGACCCAUGAUAAUCUUUUUCUGGCUUGUGUGUUAAAACGUGGCUCCCUAAUUUUAUUGACCUGCCAAGGUGAAUUGCUAACAUUAAUUACAUUUGGUUGCUCUAUAGAAUUUGGGCCAGCAGAAUUUAUUCCUCUUCAUCCACUCAUAACAUAUAGACCACCACAGUUUACAUUUCAAGAUUCAAAUAAUUCUGUAGACUCAUCAGCUUCUGAUGGUGACCCUAUGAGACAGAGAUUUUCUAUAAAAGCACACUCUUGGUUACCCUACCUCGUUAUUUCUGAUGGAUACAUGGUCACAACACUUCGAUUUCUUGAUAACUUGUCUCCAUCAGUGCUUAUGCGAUCACUUCUACUUGAUUCAACCCAGAGGCUUGAGAAAUGCUGCCAAAGCGUGAUACUGUCUCAGCCAAAAGGCAAAGGGCUGAAAUUGAGAUCACUGGAUUCCCUCAGGUCUACCCUGUUAAAACAUGGAGAAAAUGAAAGUUCUGCAGAUUCCACUUUCCCCAAAUUUUUGCAGGCACAGGAAACACUAAAGUUAAAUGAAGAAAUAGCGGAUUUUCAGAGUUUUGAAGCAGAAGAAACUAACGAUGGCACACAUUUUCCAGAGAAUUUCCUGCCUUUUUGGAACCCAAAAAAUGAUCCGUUGUUUAACAGUGUCAAGGAAGGAAGAUUGGAAUUUGCGUCUAUGUUUGAUACAAUGCAUGCAAAGGAUGAUACCAAGGAGACAGAUAGAACCAUUACAGAACUGUAUUCUAUCCAGAAAAAUUUACUUGCAGCAUGGACUAUCGGGAUUUCAAAAAAUGUCACAGAAAAAAAUUUAAUGUUAAAUUAUACAGUACUUUGUAUCACUCAUUUUUUCUAUAUUCUUCAGUUUGUAAAUUGUCCUUUCCCCAAACUUGACCACUUUUUAAGCAAGACCCCAAAACAUAAUGCAUGGGUACUUAGUAUCUUUCAACUUUUCCAGCAGUGUUUAUCAAUCCAGUAUUGGGAUGUGAGAUACAAACAAGACGUGGGACAUUUGAUAAGACUGACCUCAAAUACUGUAAAGCUUUUGCUGACUCAGCAACAGAAGGGUCAGUUAUUCUCAGAGAAACUUUUAGCCUGUUUUUAUUUACUCAGAAUGGUAGCUGAUAAGUUAAAUGGCAUGUACAGUCUUCAACCUGAACUUAUUUCAUCAUCAGCUGGUGGAAGUAGAACAGCAGAACAAGAUUCGUUGGUGUUACCUAUUUUUCAAAUGUUUCAAAACCAUGGUUCUCAGGAAAUCUGGUCGUGGAACUCAUCUUUCAAGAUUCAUCCUCAAGAAACAAAUCUGGUUCAACAGUCAAGUCACAGAUUGAUUGGUCUCUGGAGAAUACUGUACAAAAAAAUUUUAUGGUAUCAAGCACAAUUAAGUCGAAGAAUUCCUGAGGGUGACAGACACUUAACUGAAAAGAUGACACAUGAAGCAGCUAUGGUUAAGUCCCUGUUAUGUCAUGUACAGGCUAACUUACAGAUUGCUGGAGAUCACUUGAACCAGCCCUUAGAACUUACAUCUCUUGAUGGUGAAGAGAGUUUUCUGUUAGGAUCAUAUGAGGAGGCCGUUCAACUCUGGAAGAAGGUGCUUCAAGAAACCCAAGAGAAAGGUGGAGGAAGGAGAACUUGUAUUCUUCAAAUACGCUAUUAUCUUUCUCUCUUGUACUGCCAUCUCUAUAACUACAAUUUAAAUGAUGCUCAAGGAUUAUGUGAUCAGCUGGUAAGAGAAAUACUGAGAUGGUCCCAAUUGCCUGUAAAAGAAAAUGGAGAUUAUUUAGAUGCUGAGAAGUCUCCUGGUGAGUCUGCAGGGACUGGGAACGUCCAUCCUGAGGCUGCAGUCAGCGUUGUCCAGUCCAUGGCUCGUUUCAUGGCCGCCUAUUUCACCAAUCAGCCGCUUUGCGUUUUACCACCUCAUAGUGUCAGUGUUCUUCCUCCACUUCAUGUUAAAGCAGAGCAUUCCCUUCGAUUUAUUCCUCUGCAACACUCUAAGGUGGCCUGUGUUGUGAGAGAUCAGAAUCUCUCUCAUGUGUGGACAGUUGAAUAUGCCCUUGAAUUAUUAUUUAUUGGUGGCCUUGUUCCAGAGGCUGUGUGGUUGGCCCAUAAACUUGGAGACUGGAAGACAUCUGUUUCAAUUGGUGUGGCUUUCCAGCUGUUCUGUAAACAUGAUAGCAACUCCGUGAGGUCCAAGAAAAGGGAUCUGAAUCUGCCAUUAAAUAUGACUCCAGCACAGAUUUUCCAGGAAAAAUUGCAGUGUUUUUUAGGUCAGCCAGCCUCGUUGGAAGCAAAAAAUGAAAUGGGCUCAAAAUAUAAACAAUUUACAGAUCCUAUUGAAGAGGAAGAUGCAAAUCUACUGUUUAGUUCAGUGCAAGAAAUACUGAAAGCAUCAGCUAUGGCUGAUGCAGAUAUUGUCACAGAGACGCUUCAGCUUCUGAUGGACUCGGCCAAGGACUUCAGUAAGAGCCUGUGGGGCUUAGUGCCUGUCCACUUGUAUCUUCCAGCUCCUCCGUUAUACUGUCCCCAGCCAGCUGUUCUUAGUGAAGAAGAUGGUGAUGAUCUUCUUUUAGAAGCUGAAAAAAAUAAUCGUCAAAAGGUGUCUGGAAUCCUUCAGCGUAUUCUUUUGCUUCUGCGGGCAGCUCGCUGUUCUUUUCCUGUAGCACAGUGGUACAUCUUGCAGCUGAGGUGGGCAAGAAAAGUCAUGCAGAAGAUUCGAAUGAAAGGGUCCCUUCCUUUGCUGAGUCCUUUCCCCCAGUCCUUACUUAAUUACUGUAAAGGAAGUGUAACAUUCUUUAGACCUGGAGCAACCGGAGACCACAAACUCGAUGAAGUUUCCAUUAGAGCAAUAGGCUGCUUCAGAGAACUCUGUGCCUUGUGCUGGGUGCUGCAUAUCCGUGAUAAUUUAUCCUACAGUUGUAGGCAGUAUCAGAAAGCAAGAGAAAAUAUGAAAAGAGAAAAGGACCUAGAAGUGGAGUUCGAUUCCUGCGUGGUUGAGCACUGUCUUAGUGCAGUGGAAUGGGCUUACCGAAUGCUACCUUUCUCUCGGUUUUUUAAUACUGAAGAACUUAUUCAGGAUAUAAUUUUGAGCCUUAUUGGAGAACUGCCACCAGUCAGAAAGGUAGCAGAAAUUUUUGUGAAAGCAUUUCCCAAUCCAGAGGAUAUAAGAGUUCCUUUAAGAGAAAAAUACCACUCUCUUCAGCAGAGAUUCAGACACUGCGUUGUGAAAGGUCCCCAGACUGAGGAAAUGAUGUCUGUUGUCAUGCAUUCUAUCCAUAAAGUGAGGGUGAAAGCCCUAAAACGCGUGCAGAGAAAUAUAGGUUCUUUUGAGAUGAACAUUUGGGAACCAGUUGAAGAAGAGAAACCAGACGAGAUUCCAGGUUUCGACAGGUUUUCCCUGGGGACUAGCUUAAGCAGAAGCACCCUCACAGAACUGGGGAAUUCUGUGGUACAGAGUGAUGCAGAUACCCUCUCUGAAGCAUUAUCAGUUGAAGAAAAAAAGAGGCUACCUUUCUACCACAGGAAUACCCCAAGUAAUUCAGAACUAUCAUUUGUUGAUCAGCCCAGUAAUAGAAAGAAAAUUUGUGAUCAGAAGCAAAACCCUAUAAGGAAGGAAGAUAACAAAAAGUUAACACAAAAUAUACUUCCUGUAAUAGGUGUUUGGGAAUUUGAGCGAGAUGAUGAUGAAUAUAUUAAAUUCCUUGAUCUCUUUUUGAGUUAUGUUCUUGAAAGAGAUCUACUCAGUUCUAGAGAUCCUGGCAUUCCAUUUCUAACUAGUUUUUCUGUACAGCUUAGGGAACAUGAACUUAAUUCUUUACUUUUUGAUGUGCAUACAACAUUAAAACGAUGUCAGGGCAAAACUAAAAGCCAGAAUGUGUUUAGAGCUGGCUCCUGCUUUGUUGCUGUUCCUGAGUCCUAUGAAUCUGAAAAAUCAUCUGCUUUAAAUGACAAAUAUGGCCUAAGUUUAGACAAUCAGGCAUUUUCAGCAUCUGAACUAGUUAAUCAAGGACUCAGACCCAUUUUAGAGAAUCCACCAAAUGAAAUCAAUAAAAGUAAAGAAAAAGAAGGAUUGUUUGGUUUAAAACAAAAGUCAAUUUACAGAAUUCAAGAUGGUAACCAAGAGAAAUCUCUAAUCCAGGAAUCAUCAGACCAUAAAUUUUGGACUCCAAAGCCUAAAACUAGAAAAUGCAGUUUCAGACCUAUUCAGUACAGUGACACUAACCCUCAGGAGGCUCUUCCUCUGGUGCUGAAGAGCAUGUACGGCAGUGUGGGAAGACUGCUGGAGUGGAUGGUGCGGUGGUCUGAUCGAAGACUCCUCUGUGACUCUGGUAUCACUCAGUCAUCCUCUGAGUACAGUCCAGUCAUUCGUGUAAAAACCUCUACAGCUGCCAUUCUUACCUCUUUGUGGCUUUUGGAACAACCUUAUUUUGUUCCUACAUGUAAGGCAAAAAGUAAGGUACUAGAGAAUCAGUGUACUGUGUCUCAGAUUAAACCCAGCAUCCAGAGGGACAGCAACACUGAUGGUGGCUGUUCAGCCGCACGGGCAACUAAAAGUGGAACUGAGGAAAGUGAUGACUGGAAUGAAUUUAGUCAGAGUGUCUUCAAAAUGUCAACUAAAACAGAAAAUCCAGAAAUAAAAGAAAUCAGUGAUGAGGUUAUUUUUGUCACUCAUAAUACUGAACAAGAAUUUAUAGAUACCAAUGAGAAUCUUUUACAAGUAGAAAUGUUUACACGGGAAGGAAUGGAUAUGCACGUAUCAGACUGUGAAGAAGAACCUGUUGGAAGUCCCAAAAGUCCCAAUGUUGCCAUUUACAUGCAGACCUUACCACAGCAGUUAGAAAAACAAUCCACAGAAGAGGUUCGAUGUCCAAGGGAAGAACCACUGGAGAUAGAUGUGGAGGAAAAAUCUGAACAGCAAGGUAUGAUCAAAGGCUUUUCAAAUCCUGAACAUACCAUUCCUCAUUCAUUUUGUAUAGAUACAAGUUCAGAAAUUUCCAGUGCACAGAUUUCUGCAUCUAAAGAUAAAUCUCCCUCAGUUCCUUCCCUGGUAUCAAAUGGAAUCAACGCAGCUUCACAAACACCUGUUCCCACACCUCAGAAGACCCAUGGAGAUGAACAUAGGGCUCCAUUACCAGAUUCUUCUGAUUCUGUCAGGCAGAUGCUCCAAGAUGAAAUGUUUAAAUUAGUUCAGCUGCAGCAGAUAAACUUCCUGAGCCUCAUGCAAAUAGUAGGAUCAUCCUUUACGAACCUCUCAGACACACCCCACCUUCUCCAGCAGGCUCAGUCUUUGUAUCUGGGGGGAAGCCAAGUAUCAAACUGCACAAGAGGGAGUGGUGAUGUUGAAAUCAACAGCAGUAGAAAUCUUAAGGAGAGAUUUUUCAUUAAACCACAAUCCAUGAGAGAGGGUGCCCAGGAGCCUGCCAAGAACAUCCCACAUAGCCAUGAAGGAAUCAUCCAGUCUGAUCAAAAUAAUAAUGGAAAUGUACAGAAUUGUCCACACGAGAAUAUUCCUUCAUGUCAGUUAGACAGCCAACCCCAGAAGAGAGGACCGACCCCAGCAUCUGAAAGCUUAGCAUCCACUUUGUUUCCUCCACCUCCUGCUGGAAAUAGUCACCCCCAUCUUUUGUCUACCCCUUCUGCUGCCCUGAAGAUGCCUAGACUUAUCCCACCAGCCAAAACACUUAGUCCUGGUUAUGGUUUUCCUUUGCUUCAGUUUCAGCCUAAGCAUGAAUUCAAGCCCCUUCCUUUACAUGUAGGAAGCAUUCCAAGUAUUCCCUCCAGACCUCUGACCCAAUUGAGAGAGGCUUGGGCAUUAACUGGUUCCCUCCAGCCUCCUCCACAACAGAGAAUAACACACACUAUCUCAGGAUCCCAUUCGAAUUCAAGCCACUGCAAUACUAAUGUCAUAAAAGAAGCAGCUGACCAGAAGAAAUGGGCAGAAACUGUGAUUACAGAUAUCCCUAAGCACGUCAACAUGGAUCAGUAUGUUGGACAAGAAAACUUGACUUCUCAACAGGACUCUUCAAUAUUCAUAAAACCAGAUAAACAAUUGGAUAUUAACGUACAGCCCCUUGAGAUACCACCUCAGAAUUUCUGUGGACUUCCAUUAUUGCACCUGCAAUUUAAACAUCCUUACAUAUUUUCAUCAGUCUCAAGAGCGUCAGUUACAGUUCCUUCAACACCUGUGAGAACUGUAGCAGAAGAAAGAAAAUACCCACAACUAUUACUUUUUCCUCAUUUAUCCUCAGAAAAUAUGUACAAGGAACCACAGCUUAUUCCACUUGAAAAUCUCAUUGCAUUUAAACAAAGCCAACAAAAAUUUACACAUAAUUUGUUUGAACAAGGUGAUUCUGGUCACCUUCAGCUUCUAAGGGUCAAAAUGGAACCAUCUGAAAGAAGACAAGGAAAGAACAAUAAAAAAAGGGAAAGAAGACGAGCUGAGAAAGAACUACAGGAAAAAAGAUCUGAGAAACUGCGGAGAAAACCAAGUGUGACUUUCCAGCCAGAAGAAUCUCUCAUUAAUAGUGAGGACUCAGAAACUGUCAUAAAACCCAAGGAACAAGAACAUCGUGAUUCUCAGCCUUUGGAUAAUUUUGACAUUCCUUUUGAAAUGCUGCACAAUGAUGUCAGUACUUCAGCUGGAUUGCAUUUGAUUGCCUCUGUACAAAAGAAAGCCAUAGGAAGUCAGGAUGCAAGUACUAAUACAGAGCCAGAUAACAAAGCUGCUUCUCAAGAAGUUAUCUCUGAAAGUGGUAAAAAUCAACAAAUCAUUUCUUCGGUCUCAGAGCAUGAGCCUUUGAAUGAUCCUCAGCUGUUGGUACCAGAUGUAUAUCUAAAUAUCAAAGUUUCCACUGAAAUUCCAGAGAAACCUUUGUCACCUUCAGCACCUCAAACGGGACCAAAUGUGGUGGGACACACUUACAUAAACGUGGUGGACAUUGAAGCUGGUGACCUGCAGGAACUGCCUGUCGGAGAAGAGCAGGCAAAUGAGGGCGUUACAAAGCAGCAGAGCAGUCACCUAGAUGCCCCGUCAUCUGCGGAGCUGCAUCAUAUGGCAGCGUCGGUCACUAAUGCAGUUUUUUCACACAAUUUUAAGAGUGAAGAAUCUACCAAUUCUACUGUGGACUUUUUUAAACCUGCAAAAGUGGCUGCAGCCUCCCUGGAAGGAAAAAGCUGGAGAACAGGUGUUGAAGAAGUGAAGGAGCCUGGGAUUCCCUCAGCAGCACCAGCAGACAGACAGCAGGACAAAGAUCUGCCUAAACAAGGGUUCCAAUUCAAACGACAGAGCACAGAGUCCGACUUUGCAGAAGACUGUCUGCUGAGGACCCUGCUGCAGGAUGUGCCUGCAGCUCGCCUGGCACCAAGCCCCACGGCUCGCCGACUGCAGCUUCUCACUGCUGAGCUUCAGAGGAUCGACGAGCAGCUGUUGGCAGUGCAGAACAUUGCAGAAAACAUAGAGCGGGAUUUCCCCAGAUCUGAAAUGGUAACUCUGCAGUGCGAAAAGGUUGGAGAGGUGGAUCAUACUGAAUUGUCUUCUAGCCCAGAAUUUGAAAAAGCAUUAGCUUCAAAAGCUAUCAGCCUUUCUGAAGAAGGCUCUGGAUUAGUGAAUUUCCUGACUCAUAUGGAUGAGGAAGAUCAAACUGACAAAGAGAAGACUUCAGAAGCUGAAUUUUCAGUAACAGAAAAUCAUUCUAGUCAGAAAGCCUGUGUGUUCCCUUCUGCUGAUUCAGCUCUCAGUCUUUACAGUGACCAGAAUAUUACUUCUCCUGGUAUGAAGAACAGUGAUGAAGCAUUUGAGAGUGUUUCAGUAGAUCCACUCCAGAUCACUGGAUUGACUGAUAUUGCAGACAUUGUUGACGAUCUCAUAACUGACUGUGGUGUUUCCAGUAGAGAACUUGGCUUAACAGAACAACAAGCUAGGAGUAUCUCCAGGAUUCCACGUUCCUCUGGCAGAUGUCCACAAAGAACUGAGAAGGAAAGAAGAGAAAUUCGAGUUUGGAUGAAAAGAAAAAGAAAAGAAAGAAUGGCAGAAUAUUUAAAUCAGCUAGCAGAAAAGAGGGGGCAAGAGCACAGUCCUUUCUGCCCCAGAGGGAAUCCAUUCUAUAUGACUUCCAGGGAAAUCAGGCUGAGACAAAAAAUGAAGCACGAAAAAGACAAAUUGCUGCUCUCUAACCACUACAGUCAGCGAAUCUCACAAGCCUAUAGUCUGAUGAAUGAACUGCUGGUAGAGUCAGUACAACUACCAGCAACUGCACAGAAACCGUCACCUAACAAAGCCAGCACUGCUCGGCAUUGUGGACAGCGCUGCCCUUCUCCAAGGCGAGAGAAUCAGCAUGGGCACAAUUUUCCAGUAAGUCGACCUGGAAAAGUCAGAUAUGCAUCCAAAUCAAGUUACACCCACUCAGGGAACCCUCUUGGGCAGCCUCAGGGCUCACCUCGGCCACAUGGAACCACCACCUUGGCCACCCGGAGAAGAGCAGGCGGAGCGAAAGCAGCAGUAAGGAAGGCUGUACCGUCUCCAGUUACCUUCCAGAAGGGCUCUAAGGCUCCAGGUUGCAGUCUGCAGCAUGCAAAAAACCACAGACCUGCUGGGCUUGCAGCUGUAACCAAGGAGAUGUGUGUGGAGUAUGAGAGAGAAGAGGUGGUGGUGAGCCCUUGGGCCUUACCUGAGGAAAUCCACAAGAUUCUCUAUGAGAGUCACAGCUCUCUUCUACAGGGUGUGUCCCCAACUGAAGACGAGCUUGCGCCCCCUCCUGGGGUGGGCAGCGCGGACAGCAUGUCUGCGAGCACUGGCAGCAUCCUCAGCAAGCUUGACUGGAAUGCCGUGGAAGACAUGGUGGCUGGCGUGGAGGACGGGGACCUGUCUGUCCCGUGGGCCCUCGACCUGUAAGACCUCCAUAUCACCCUGUUUCCAGAACCUCAUGAGUGUGGUUCUGAAAGACUUGAAGGGCACAGUGUGAAUUUACCACCUGACGUCAUAUUACUACCUAGAUCAGCCAUUUGAAAAGGGAAAAUAAACAUUUCUCAAUAA